AUGGUCCGGGAAACCAGGCACCUCUGGGUGGGCAACUUACCGGAGAAUGUGCGGGAAGAGAAGAUCAUCGAGCAUUUCAAACGAUAUGGCCGCGUGGAAAGUGUCAAAAUUCUCCCCAAGAGGGGAUCUGAAGGAGGAGUGGCUGCUUUUGUGGAUUUUGUGGACAUCAAAAGUGCACAGAAAGCUCACAACUCAGUCAACAAAAUGGGAGAUAGAGACCUACGCACGGAUUAUAAUGAACCAGGCACCAUUCCGAGUGCUGCUCGGGGAUUGGAUGAUACAGUUUCCAUAGCAUCUCGUAGUAGAGAGGUUUCUGGGUUCAGAGGAGGUGGUGGAGGGCCUGCUUAUGGCCCCCCACCAUCACUUCAUGCACGAGAAGGACGUUAUGAGCGGAGACUUGAUGGGGCUUCAGAUAACAGGGAGCGUGCUUAUGAACAUAGUGCCUAUGGACACCAUGAACGGGGGACGGGAGGAUUUGAUCGGACAAGACAUUACGAUCAGGAUUACUAUAGAGAUCCUCGCGAGCGGACUUUACAACAUGGGCUCUAUUAUACUUCUCGGAGUCGAAGUCCAAACCGUUUUGAUGCUCAUGACCCCCGAUACGAACCUAGGGCUCGGGAGCAGUUUACACUGCCCAGUGUGGUACACAGGGAUAUCUACAGGGAUGAUAUUACCCGGGAGGUACGAGGCAGAAGGCCAGAGCGGAAUUACCAGCACAGCAGGAGUCGGUCACCACAUUCAUCCCAGUCUAGAAAUCAGUCUCCUCAGAGGCUGGCUAGCCAAGCGUCUAGACCCACAAGGUCCCCUAGCGGCAGCGGCUCUAGGAGUAGAUCCUCCAGUAGUGAUUCAAUCAGCAGCAGCAGUAGUACCAGCAGUGACAGCACUGACUCCAGCAGUAGUUCAAGUGAUGACUCUCCAGCCCGAUCAGUUCAAUCUGCAGCAGUCCCAGCACCCACUUCCCAGUUGCUUUCAUCCCUGGAGAAAGAUGAGCCGCGUAAAAGUUUUGGAAUCAAGGUUCAGAAUCUCCCAGUACGCUCUACAGAUACAAGCCUUAAAGAUGGCCUUUUCCAUGAAUUUAAGAAAUUUGGAAAGGUGACGUCAGUGCAGAUCCAUGGAACUUCAGAAGAGAGGUAUGGUUUGGUAUUCUUUCGGCAGCAAGAGGACCAAGAAAAAGCAUUGACUGCAUCAAAAGGAAAACUUUUCUUUGGCAUGCAGAUUGAAGUAACAGCAUGGAUAGGGCCAGAAACGGAAAGUGAAAAUGAAUUUCGUCCUUUGGAUGAAAGGAUAGAUGAAUUUCACCCCAAAGCAACAAGAACCCUCUUUAUUGGCAACCUUGAAAAAACCACUACUUAUCAUGACCUUCGCAACAUCUUCCAGCGCUUCGGAGAAAUUGUGGAUAUUGAUAUUAAGAAAGUAAAUGGAGUUCCUCAGUACGCGUUCUUGCAGUACUGUGAUAUUGCCAGCGUUUGUAAGGCUAUUAAGAAGAUGGAUGGAGAGUACCUUGGAAAUAAUCGCCUCAAGCUGGGUUUUGGAAAGAGCAUGCCUACAAACUGCGUGUGGUUAGACGGGCUUUCUUCAAAUGUGUCGGAUCAGUAUUUAACACGCCAUUUCUGCCGAUAUGGUCCUGUGGUAAAGGUGGUGUUUGACCGCUUAAAAGGCAUGGCCCUGGUCCUCUACAAUGAAAUUGAAUAUGCGCAAGCAGCUGUAAAAGAGACCAAGGGGAGGAAAAUCGGUGGGAAUAAAAUUAAGGUGGAUUUUGCAAAUCGGGAAAGCCAGCUGGCAUUUUAUCACUGUAUGGAAAAGUCUGGUCAAGAUAUCAGAGACUUUUAUGAAAUGUUAGCAGAAAGAAGAGAGGAACGAAGGGGAUCUUAUGACUAUAGCCAAGAUCGUACAUAUUAUGAGAAUGUUCGUACUCCGGGCACAUAUCCUGAGGACUCCAGACGGGACUAUCCAGCUCGAGGGAGAGAAUUUUAUUCAGAAUGGGAAACUUACCAAGGAGACUACUAUGAAUCACGAUACUAUGACGAUCCUCGGGAAUACAGGGAUUACAGAAAUGAUCCUUAUGAACAGGAUAUUCGGGAAUACAGUUAUAGGCAAAGGGAACGAGAAAGAGAACGCGAAAGAUUUGAGUCUGACCGAGACAGAGACCACGAGAGGCGGCCAAGUGAGCGCAGUCAGAGCCCGGUGCACCUGCGGCGCCCCCAGAGCCCUGGCACCUCUCCCUCACAGUCCGAGCGGCUGCCGAGUGACUCAGAGAGGAGGAUUUACAGCAGGUCCUCAGAUCGGAGUGGAAGCUGUAGCUCACUUUCCCCUCCAAGAUAUGAAAAACUGGACAAAUCUCGUUUGGAACGCUAUACAAAAAAUGAAAAGGCAGAUAAAGAAAGGACUUUUGAUCCUGAGAGAGUAGAAAGAGAGAGACGCUUAAUAAGGAAGGAGAAAGUGGAAAAGGACAAAACUGAAAAGCAGAAACGAAAAGGAAAAGUUCAUUCUCCUAGUUCUCAGUCUUCAGAGACAGACCAAGAAAAUGAGAGGGAACAGAGCCCCGAAAAAUCAAGGAGUUCUAACAAACUGAGCAGAGAAAAAGCUGACAAAGAAGGGAUAGCAAAAAACCGCCUUGAGCUCAUGCCCUGUGUAGUUUUGACCCGAGUGAAAGAAAAAGAGGGGAAAGUUAUUGACCAUACUCCCUUGGAAAAGCUGAAAGCCAAGCUUGAUAAUGACACUGCCAAGUCUUCUGCCCUAGAUCAGAAACUUCAGGUCUGUCAGACAGAGCCCACAAAGUCUGACUUGUCUAAACUGGAACCGGUUCGAAUGAAAGUGCCAAAGGAAAAGGGCCUGUCAAGCCACAUAGAAGUGGUAGAUAAGGAAGGCAGGCUUAAAUCCAGGAAGCACCUAAAACCAGAGCAGACUGCUGAUGGGGUCAGCGCUGCAGACUUGGAGAAGCUGGAAGCAAGGAAGCGGCGCUUUGCAGAUUCCAAUUUGAAAGUAGAAAAGCAAAAAUCCGAAGUCAAGAAAAGUAGUCCAGAGAUGGAGGAAGCUCGGGUACUUUUAAAAAAGCAGCCUGACCUAUCCUCUAGAGACAUCCUUCUGCUGAGGGAAGGAGAGUCAGAAAGAAAGCCUGCGAGGAAAGAAAUUCUUAAACGAGAAUCUAAGAAAAUAAAACUAGACAGACUUAAUGCUGCUCCCAGCCCCAAAGAGUGUCAGGAGCUUGCCAGCGUUUCUGUUGGGACUGGCUCAAGGCCCAACUCAGACCUACAAGCAAGGCUGGGAGAACCAGUAUGUGACUCUGUGGAAAAUCAAGAAAUCCAGUCAAAAAAACCUAUUCCCUCAAAACCACAACUCAAACAGCUGCAAUUAUUAGAUGAUCAGGGACCAGAGAGAGAAGAUAUUAGGAAAAACUAUUGCAGUCUUCGUGAUGAAACACUUGAAUGUAAACCAAGCCAAGAGAAACCACAUUCAGUAAAUACUGAAGAAAAAAUUGGCAUUGAUAUUGAUCACACGCAGAGUUACCGAAAACAAAUGGAGCAGAGUCGGAGAAAACAGCAGAUGGAGAUGGAAAUAGCCAAGUCUGAGAAGUUUGGCAGUCCUAAAAAAGAUGUAGAUGAAUAUGAAAGACGUAGUUUGGUUCACGAGGUAGGCAAACCCCCCCAAGAUGUUACUGACGACUCUCCUCCGAGCAAAAAGAAAAGGAUGGACCACGUGGAUUUUGAUGUCUGCACCAAGAGAGAGAGGAAUUACAGAAGUUCACGCCAGAUCAGUGAAGAUUCUGAAAGGGCUGGCGGUUCUCCCAGCAUCCGACAUGGCUCUUUCCAUGAAGACGACGACCCUAUAGGCUCCCCUAGGCUCAUGUCAGUAAGAGGGUCUCCUAAAGUAGAUGAGAAAGGUCUCCCCUAUUCUAACAUCACAGUCAGAGAAGAGUCUUUAAAAUUUAAUCCUUAUGAUUCUAGCAGGAGAGAACAGAUGGCAGACAUGGCCAAAAUAAAGCUCUCUGUCUUGAAUUCUGAAGAUGAACUAAACCGGUGGGAUUCUCAAAUGAAACAAGAUGCCAGCAGAUUUGAUGUGAGUUUCCCAAACAGCAUAAUUAAGAGAGACAGCCUUCGAAAGAGGUCUGUACGUGACUUGGAACCUGGGGAGGUGCCUUCUGAUUCUGAUGAAGACGGUGAACACAAAUCCCACUCACCCAGAGCCUCUGCACUAUAUGAAAGUUCUCGGUUGUCUUUUUUAUUGAGGGACAGAGAAGACAAGCUACGUGAGCGAGAGGAAAGACUCUCCAGUUCUUUAGAAAGGAACAAAUUUUACUCUUUUGCACUGGAUAAGACAAUCACACCAGACACGAAGGCUUUGCUUGAAAGAGCUAAGUCCCUCUCUUCAUCUCGAGAAGAAAACUGGUCUUUUCUUGAUUGGGACUCCCGUUUUGCCAAUUUUCGAAACAACAAAGAUAAAGAGAAGGUUGACUCUGCUCCAAGACCUAUUCCAUCCUGGUACAUGAAAAAGAAGAAAAUUCGGACUGAUUCCGAAGGAAAAAUGGAUGAUAAAAAAGAUGACCAUAAAGAAGAAGAACAGGAAAGACAAGAAUUAUUUGCUUCUCGUUUUUUACACAGCUCAAUCUUUGAACAAGAUUCCAAGCGAUUGCAGCAUCUGGAGAGAAAAGACGAGGAAUCAGACUUCGUUGCUGGCAGGUUGUAUGGGAGGCAGGCGUCUGAUGGAGCAAACAGCACAGCUGACGUGAUUCAAGAGCCAGUAGUUCUUUUCCAUAGCAGAUUUAUGGAACUCACGCGAAUGCAACAGAAAGAAAAGGAAAAAGACCAAAAACCCAAAGAGGCUGAAAAACAGGAAGAUACAGAGGAUCAUCCUGAGACCCCAGAAUCUGCCUCUGAGAGUAAAGAGGUGGAACCGAAGACCCCCCUUCCCAUUGGGCCUCCUGCUGUCACAGCUGUAACUCCAGAGUCAGUAUCGUCAUCACCGGAAAAGGUGACAGCAGGUGAAAAAGCAGGGGAGGUGCCUUUGGUGACAGAAGAGAAGCUCCGGGAGCCAGCCUCUGCCUCAGAAGAAGCAAAGCCUGUGUCUGAGCAGGCUCCCACUGCUGUGCAGCAAACCGAGCAAGGCGACCUGCCCCCAGGAGCGGACGCCAAUAAAGAUGCUGCCAGGACUCCAUCAGUUGUUGAAGAAAGUUCAUCAGUUGACCAGCUGCCUUAUCUGGACACCAAGCCUCCAACUCCUGGGGCCUCAUUUUCUCAGGUUGAGGUCACUGUAGAUCCAGAACCCGACAGUGCCCAACCGCUUUCAAAACCAACUCAGAAGCCUGAGGACGCUGAUGAGCCCAAAGUGGAAAAGCCAAACUCAGCUGCUAAUGUUGAGCCCAGUGCAAAUCCAAAAGCUGAAGUUGUCCCUGAGGUUCAGCCUCAAGCUGCUGAAGACAUUGAGGUCGAUCCUCCGGUUGCCACGAAAGAUAAAAAGCCAAACAAAAGUAAGCGUUCCAAGACCCCUGUUCAGGCCACCGCAGCAAGUACUGUGGAGAAGCCUGUCACCCGGAAGAGCGAGCGGAUAGACCGGGAGAAACUCAAGCGGUCCAAUUCUCCGCGGGGAGAAGCACAGAAGCUUUUAGAAUUGAAGAUGGAGGCAGAGAAGAUUACGAGGACCGCCUCUAAAAAUGCCACGGCAGACCCAGAACACCCAGAACCAAGCUUGCCCCUCAGCCGAACGAGGCGUCGGAACGUGAGGAGUGUCUAUGCAACCAUGGGAGACCACGAGAGCCGCUCUCCCGUCAAGGAGCCCACUGAGCAGCCACGAGUGACCAGGAAGAGACUGGAGCGAGAGCUGCAGGAGGCCGCGGCGGUUCCCACGACCCCACGGAGGGGAAGGCCUCCGAAAACACGCCGUCGAGCUGAAGAAGAUGAGGAGACCGAGGCCAAAGAACCAGUUGAGACGCUCAAACCAGCGGAGGGAUGGAGGUCCCCACGAGCCCAAAAAUCAGGAGCUGCUGGUGGCCCACAAGGGAAAAGGGGCAAAAACGAGCCAAAAGUUGAUGCUGAACGUCUGGAGGCGGCCACUGAGGUGAGUCCCCAGGUCAGUGUGAAAGAAAAUAAUACAAAGUCCAAGGCUGAUAAAGAAGAAGCAGGAAGUGAACAGAAACGUGACAAAAAAGAAAUUGGCACAGACAAAAAUGUACCGGAAGCCCCUGCAGUUGAAGUGGUGGAGAAAAAAGCAGCCCCUGAAAAAAACUCCAAGUCAAAGAGAGGGAGAUCUCGAAACUCUAGGUCAGCAGCAGACAAAUCUGCAAAUCUGAAAACCACGGAUACCGGUGCAAGUCCCAGCGUGGCCGCGGGCCCUGCGGGGCCAGCAGUGGAAAAGGAAGCUGAGGUAGUGGCGGGUCCCCCUGAGAAGAGCGAGAGUCCCCAGAAGGAGGGGAGUUUAUCUUCCCAGUUGAACAGCGAUCCUGCCCAUCUGGAGAAGGAACCGGAGGAGAAGGAAGAUGUGUCUGCCACUACGCCGUCCCCAGAACCAAAUCAGUUAGCCAGGCAGAUGGAGCUGGAGCAGGCCGUGGAGAACAUCGCGAAGCUCACUGAGACCACCUCCGCGGCCUUCAAGGCGGCGGCCACAGAUGCACCAGAGGGCCUCUCCACAGAGGAUGGGGACAAGCCCGCACACCAAGCAAGUGAAACAGAACUGGCUGCGGCCAUUGGCUCCAUCAUCAAUGACAUUUCUGGGGAGCCAGAAAACUUCCCAGCAGCCCCCCCUUACCCUGCAGAACCACAGGCAGAUCUACAGCCCCGUCCUCAAGUGCUGCGGCCCCCUGGGGAGGGAAUGGAGCCUGAGACCCAUGAGGCUGUGUCCGGCAUCUUGGAGACCGAGGCUACCGCAGAAUCUUCUGGGCCACCAGUCAGUGCCCCUGACCCCUCAGCAGGCCCAGCAGAUACCAAGGAAGCUGGAGGGAACAGCAGCGAACCCUCCCAGCCAGUGCCAGAAGCCAAAGGAUCAAAAGAAGCAGAAGUCCCUCUUGCUCGGAAAGAGAAAGGGCGCCAGAAGACAACUCGAUCACGCCGCAAACGGAAUACAAAUAAGAAAACGGGGGUCAGUACAGAGACUCCCGUCUCUGAACCUGACCAAGGUCAAAGCAAGAGUCCUGCUAUAAAUGAGGGGAGGGCGGCGCCACCCCCAGAAGCGCCACAGGAAGAGAAGCAGAGAGAAAAGCCCCAGUCCGCUCCACCUGAGUCCUGUUCUUCUGACCCAAGCAAGACCCCAUCCCUGGAGAACUUGUCCCAAGACAGCAGCGUGGAAGAAAAGACACCGACCAGAGCAUCUGCACUCCCAGACCUUCCCCCGCCCUCCCAGCCAGCACCAGUGGAGGAUGAGCCUCAAGCCAGAUUCAAGGUGCAUUCCAUCAUCGAAAGUGACCCAGUGACCCCACCCAGUGACUCCAGCACACCCACACCCCCAAUUCCUUCUGUAACUGCAGCAAAGCUCCCACCUCCUGUCGCCUCUGGGGGGGUCCCACACCAGAGCUCCUCUACGAAGGUCACAGAGUGGAUCACAAGGCAGGAGGAGCCUCGGGCUCAGUCCACCCCAUCUCCAGCUCUUCCCCCAGACACGAAAGCUUCUGACAUCGACACCAGCUCCAGUACGCUGAGGAAGAUCCUCAUGGACCCCAAAUACGUCUCCGCCACUGGCGUCACUUCCACGAGUGUCACGACUGCCAUUGCAGAGCCCGUCAGUUCCGCCCCUUGCCUGCAUGAGGCACCACCCCCUCCUCCAGUUGAGUCUAAAAAGCCUCUUUUAGAAGAAAAACCAGCUCCAGUAACCAACACCUCUGACACACAGGCCCCAGAGGCUCCAGUAGCCACUGAAAAGGAAAAGGUGGCUCCAGUCAUUGCUCCCAAAAUUACUUCUGUUAUUAGUCGGAUGCCCGUGAGCAUUGAUUUGGAGAACUCGCAAAAGAUCACUCUGGCAAAACCAGCUCCUCAAACCCUGACUGGCCUGGUGAGCGCUCUGACGGGCCUGGUGAAUGUGUCCUUGGUCCCAGUGAAUGCCCUUACCGGCCCGGUGAAUGCCCUCAAAAGCUCUGUGAAGGGCCCGGUGACCACACUGAAAGGUUUGGUAAACACUCCUGCCGGCCCCGUGAACGUCCUAAAGGGGCCCGUGAACGUUCUGACGGGGCCAGUGAACGUUCUCACCACCCCGGUGAACGCCACCGUGGGCGCGGUGAACGCCGCUGCAGGUGCGGUGAACGCCACCGUGGGCGCGGUGAACGCCGCUGCGGGCACCAUGAAUGCAGGCGCGGUGACAGUCACAGCAGGUGCAGUGACCGCUGCCUCUGGCAGUGUGACUGCCACAACAGGUGCAGUAACUGUGGCAGGUGCAGUGAUUACACCGUCAGCAAAGUGCAAACCCAGACCGAGCACUAAUGAAAACAGUCGGUUCCACCCGGGGUCUAUGUCGGUGAUUGACGACCGUCCAGCAGACACGGGCUCUGGUGCCGGCCUGCGUGUGAACACAUCCGAAGGGGUCGUGCUGCUGAGCUAUUCGGGGCAGAAGACUGAAGGCCCGCAGCGGAUCAGCGCCAAGAUUAGCCAGAUCCCCCCCGCCAGUGCAAUGGACAUCGAAUUUCAGCAGUCAGUGUCCAAGUCCCAGGUCAAACCAGAUGCUGUUGCACCAGCGCAGCCUUCGCCCAAAGGCCCCCAGGCCCCUUCAGGCUAUGCAAAUGUGGCCACCCAUUCUACUCUGGUACUGACUGCCCAGACGUACAACGCGUCUCCUGUGAUUUCAUCUGUUAAGGCUGACCGUCCAUCCCUGGAGAAGCCCGAGCCCAUUCACCUCUCUGUGUCCACCCCUGUCACCCAGGGUGGCACAGUGAAGGUUCUCACCCAGGGCAUAAACACACCCCCAGUGCUGGUUCACAACCAGCUGGUCCUCACCCCAAGCAUAGUCACCACUAAUAAAAAGCUUGCUGACCCCGUCACCCUCAAAAUAGAGACCAAGGUCCUUCAGCCGGCUAACCUGGGGUCUGCACUCACUCCCCACCACCCUCCUGCUCUGCCCAGCAAACUGCCUACAGAAGUGAACCACGUCGCCUCGGGGCCCAGUACCCCGACAGAUCGAACGGUCUCCCAUUUGGCAGCCACAAAGCCAGAUGCGCAUUCUCCUCGCCCCAGCGGGCCCGCUCCGACCCCCUUCCCGAGAGCGUGCCACCCCAGCAGCACCACAUCCACCGCGCUCUCCACUAAUGCCACGGUCAUGCUGGCUGCGGGCAUUCCUGUGCCUCAGUUCAUCUCUAGCAUACACCCGGAGCAGUCUGUCAUCAUGCCCCCGCACAGCAUCACCCAGACCGUGUCCCUCAGCCACCUGUCCCAGGGCGAGGUGAGAAUGAACACUCCCACGCUGCCCAGCAUCACCUACAGCAUCCGGCCAGAGACCCUUCACUCUCCGAGGGCCCCUCUGCAGCCCCAGCAGAUAGAGGUCCGGGCCCCGCAGCGUGCAGGCACACCGCAGCCAGCCACAGCUGGCGUGCCGGCCUUGGCCCCCCAACACCCUGCAGAGGAAGAAGUGCAUUAUCACCUCCCUGUCGCUCGAGCUGCGGCCCCUGUGCAGUCAGAGGUGCUGGUCAUGCAGUCUGAGUACCGACUGCACCCGUACACCGUGCCCCGGGACGUGAGGAUCAUGGUGCAUCCGCACGUGACGGCAGUCAGCGAGCAGCCCCGGGCAGCCGACGGGGUAGUGAAGGUGCCACCAGCCAGCAAGGUCCCUCAGCAGCCCGGGAAAGACGCCGCCAAGACCGCAGAUGCCAAAGCCGCGCCAGCCCCCGCCCCCCACGGUGAGGCCCGCAUCCUCACGGUCACCCCCAGCAGCCAGCUCCAGGGGCUGCCUCUCACCCCACCCGUGGUGGUGACCCAUGGGGUGCAGAUCGUGCACUCCAGCGGGGAGCUGUUUCAGGAGUACAGAUACGGAGACAUCCGCACCUACCACAGCCCCGCGCAGCUCACACACACGCAGUUUCCUGCUGCCACCUCCAUCGGUCUACCUCCUCGGACCAAGGCUCCCGCUCAGGGCCCGGCUCCUGAAGGUGAGCCCUUGCAGCCCACUCAGCCUGCGCAGUCUACACAGCCUGUCCAGCCUGUGCAGUCCACACAGCCUGCACAGCCCACACAGCCCUGCCAGCCCUCCCAGCUCAGCCAGCCAGGCCAGCCACCAAGCAGCAAGAUGCCUCAGGUCUCCCAGGAGGCGAAGGGGACCCAGACGGGAGUCGAACAGCCUCGUCUCCCAACCGUCCCCACAAACAGGCCAGCCGAGCCUCAUGCCCAGGUCCAGAGGGCACAGGCAGAAACAAGUCAGACCUCCUACCCGUCGCCUGUGUCUGUCUCCAUGAAGCCUGACCUCCCGGCCCCUCUCCCAGCUCAGGCUGCCCCAAAGCAGCCGUCGUUUGUCCCCACGACCUCAAGCCCCAGCACCCCUCCAGGACUGGCCCUGACGCACACUGAAGCCCAGGCCACCCCCAAGCCAGAUUCUUCUCCACACUUGACUUCCCAGAGGCCCGUGGACAUGGUCCAGCUUCUGAAGGUAAGCCUGGCCAGGGCCCCUGCCCCGCUCCCCUGAGCCCUGCGCGGCGUUCAGAGCUGAACCCCUGGGUUGGACAAGCCUCUGCCUGGGCUGCUGUCUUCUGGGGGAGGCCCCUGGUCACUGACGGCUACGCUUCUGCCACAGGUGGAGACAGAUUACUGUCUGCUGCUGGCUCUGCCCUGUGGCCGUGACCAAGAGGAUGUCGUGAGCCAAACUGAGUCCCUCAAGGCGGCCUUCAUCACCUAUCUGCAGGCCAAGCAGGCGGCAGGGAUCAUCAACGUUCCCAACCCCGGCUCCAAUCAGCCCGCCUAUGUGCUACAGAUCUUCCCGCCCUGUGAGUUCUCGGAGAGCCACCUGUCCCGUCUGGCCCCUGACCUCCUCGCCAGCAUCUCCAAUAUCUCUCCCCACCUCAUGAUUGUGAUUGCCUCUGUGUGA